ACGCUUCAACUCCGUGUCAGAAUCUUCGGGAAAGUGCAGCAUUUUACCGUAGGCACCCCUUCUCUUCCCUCCCUCUUUUCUUCUCUUCUUUUCUCCCGCUCCCACUAAAAUCCCGAACCCAUUUCCAGAACCCUCACACCAACACUGCGUUCAUCAUCGCGAAAGUUGUUGUGUAGUUAGUUUUGAGGGGUUAAAAAGAAGGGACAUGGCAUCUUCAGAUGAUGAGGGAGAGGCUCAACCACUAUCUGUGUCGAAUUACCAUUUUGAAGACAACAAAGAUGCGCCUGUGUGUUUUUCCGUGUUGCCGAUUCAGUGGAGUGAGUCUCAGAGUCCAGUUGGCAAGAAAAUGCAGGUGUUCUUGCACGGUUUUGUGGAUAAUGGGCUGCAGAAAUUUUUCGUGCAAGUUGUUGCAUGGAGGUUUGAUCUUUCCUAUGUGAGGCCAGAGAUAUUGGUGCUAUCAAAGGAUGGAAGAUGGAUUAAACUCGAGAAGCCUCGUAAGAGCUACGAGGAUACCAUAAUAAGGACUAUUUUGAUCACCAUUCACUUCCUGAGUUAUGUGAAGAAGAAUCCUGACUCGUCUGCCAAGUCUGUGUGGGAUAACUUGAGUAAGAAUAAGGAGUUUAGAUCUUAUGAGGUUAUGCCUUCGCAAAAUGAUUUAUUAAAUCAUAUGACUUUAAUGGGUGAAGCUGCCAAAAGAGACACUGCCUUAGCAAAGUCCAAGCUUUUGCUCAUGGUUCUGGAAGAUAAGGAUAAGCUGAAGAUUAAAAAACCUUCUGACAAGGAAGUUAAAGAUUUAGCACGACCUGGAUUUAUAAUUGAUGAUAUUGACAAUGAUAUGAUUGAUGAAUUUGGUGAAGAUUCUGAUGGAGAGGAUGAGUUGUUUGAUUCUGUUUGUGCAAUUUGUGACAAUGGUGGUCAACUUUUGUGUUGCGAUGGAAAGUGCAUGAGGUCAUUUCAUGCUAAUGAGGAGGAUGGUGAAGAAUCUACUUGUGCCUCUCUUGGUUUUAGCCGGAAGGAAGUUGAUGAGAUCCAGAACUUUUACUGUAAGAAUUGUGAAUAUAAUCAACAUCAGUGCUUUGCAUGUGGCACACUAGGCUGUUCUGAUAAAUUUUCUGGUGCUGAGGUCUUCAAAUGCGCUUCCGCAACCUGUGGUUUCUUUUAUCAUCCACAUUGUGUUGCAAAGUUACUUCAUGGGAUAGUUGAGGAUGCUCCAAAGGAGCUUGAGGAAAAAAUUGCUGAGGGGGGACCCUUUACUUGUCCUACUCAUUAUUGCUGUGAAUGUAAAGAAAUGGAAGACAAGAAGAAACAUGAUUUUCAAUUUGCUGUUUGUAGGCGUUGCCCCAGGUCGUAUCAUCGCAAAUGUUUGCCAAGAGAGAUUGCUUUUGAUGACAUAGAGGAUGAAGAUAUUAUAACAAGGGCUUGGGAAGAUCUUUUACCAAACAAUCGCAUUCUUAUAUAUUGUUUAGAACAUGAGAUCGAUGAUGAACUUGGGACUCCUAUAAGAGAUCAUAUAAAGUUCCCCAAUGUUAAAGCUACUGUUCGAGAAAUUGAUGCAGAGGAGAAUGCAAAGUCUGCGACCAAAGAGAGAGUUAUAUUGAACAAGAACAAUAUUGACUCAAAAAAUUUAUUUGGCAAAAAAGCUACUGCUAAAGUUUCUAAACUUCCUGGUAAAAUGUCUUCUGGGAAAGUUGGAGACAAGAAGUCUGAAAAGAUUUCUAGAUCAAAUAUUUCAAGGAAGAAAAUAAACGAAGCAUCAAGAUGUUUUAAUGAAAAUAAGAGGUCAACAAUCUCAAAGGAAACCAAAAAGUCUGACGGUGCAGAAAACAGGCCAUCAUUGGGUGCAAAAUUAUUUGCUUUAAAGCAGAACAGUUCUGAGCAUAUUAAUUCUGGUAAUGAGGCUGAUGAUGUAGCCAAAAAUACCCUGGUUGUUAAGCCUACUAAAAAGCUGAGUAGCACAUUGCCCGCAUUAGAUGCAGAUUCAAAGAGGAGAUUGUUGGCUUUGUUUAAAGAAGCUACUUCAUCGGUUACUUUGGAGAAUGUUAUAAAAGAGCACAAAUUUGCUGCUACUCAUACUCACUCGUUGAAAAGUGUUGUGGAGAAGACCAUUACAUUGGGGAAAUUGGAAGGCUCAGUUGAGGCUGUUCGAACAGCUCUAAGGAUGCUAGAGGACGGGCACAAUAUUCGGGAUGCAGAAGCUGUUUGUGGCCCUGAUGUUCUAAACCAGAUAUUUAAGUGGAAGGACAAGCUGAAAGUAUAUCUUGCACCUGUUCUAUAUGGUAAUCGGUACACAUCGUUUGGUCGCCAUUUUACACAAAUUGAAAAGCUGGAAGGGAUUGUUGAUAAACUCCAUUGGUAUGUUCAGAAUGGUGAUACAAUUGUGGACUUCUGUUGUGGUGCUAAUGACUUUAGCAUUCUUAUGAACAAAAAGCUUGAAGAGACUGGGAAGAGAUGCUCAUACAAAAACUUUGAUUUACUUCCAACAAAGAAUGAUUUUAAUUUUGAGAUGAGAGAUUGGAUGACUAUCCAAACAAAGGAGUUGCCUACAGGGUCACAGUUGAUCAUGGGCCUUAAUCCCCCCUUUGGACUUAAGGCAGCUUUGGCUAACAAGUUUAUAGAUAAAGCUCUCGAGUUUAGACCCAAGCUCCUAAUUCUCAUAGUACCACCCGAAACAGAGAGGCUAGAUGAGAAACGGUCGCCUUAUGAUCUUGUCUGGGAGGAUAAGAGGUUUCUAUUGGGCAAGUCAUUUUAUCUACCGGGAUCAGUUGAUGCAAACGACAGGCAGAUAGAUCAGUGGAAUGUAAAGCCACCACCGCUCUACCUUUGGAGUCGUCCUGAUUGGACUGAUAAGCAUAAGGCCAUAGCUCGGAAGCAUGGUCACUUUAUCAGCCAGCGGGGGCUGUUAAGAAUUGAAAGCUUUGAUAAAGAAAAAUCACCGGCCAGUCAUACUUUGGAUGAUAGUUCUGGUUUCGAUAGCAUGCCAGGUCAUGAUAUCUUGAAUUUGACUGAUGCACCUAUCAAUGAGGGCCAGACGGGAUGCUCACCACAUGGAAAUGUUGAUCGAGAGAGUCAAGAGAGACAGAAAUAUAUGGUGAGAAAGGCUGAUAAGACCUCAUGGAAGAGGAAACGAAGUGAGGAAAACGAUGGAAGAAGACUAGGUGUGACCUCACCACCCAAUCCAAUUGAUGGGAGAUCCUCAGUUGAAAGUUUUCAGCUCAGACCUGACAUGCCACCUCCUGAUUAUGAGCUUGGUGAUAAAAGUUAUAGGCAUUUGGAGCCCACCUCUUCCUCACGAAUGGGGGGGAUUAGAGCAGCCUAUAGCGGGACCCAAAAUUGGCCAAGUGUUGCCAAUCCCCUUUAUGAUUCUGGGAUUACAGAUGUAGGUGAACACCAUAGCAGCCUUCCAAGAGACAUCGCCAAUAGCAUCGGAUAUAGACCCUAUGUCAGGGAGGAUGAGAACUACCUUAGGGAAUUAGAGACAAGGCAACAGACUCGCCAUUAUGGUAUUCAGAAUCCUAAUUCUGUGAUGAGUAAUUAUCUAUCUGUGCAUGAUCCUGCUAAUAGCCACCACAUGGGGCCAAGUUAUCCAGCCCUUGCUUUAGCAUCUGAGCCUUAUGUGAUGAAUACACCAGCCAUGCAGCGAUAUGCACCUCGCCUAGACGAAUUAAACCAUGCAAGGAUGGAUCCUUUGGGGUCUCGCCUAGACGAAUUAAACCAUGCAAGGAUGGAUCCUUUGGGGUCUCGCCUAGACGAACCUGCUAUAGUUGGUAGAAACGGUGCUUUUGAACGUAGUGCCCUCCCACCUGGAUAUGGGAGUAGGAUGCCAGGUUUUGCAGCUGGUUCUCACCAUAUGUAUUCACGCCAGAAUUCAGCAGACCGAUUCAAUGGGUAGUUUGAAUGUCCAUUUUUUUGUUCUCCUCUUCUACUUUUGCAUAAAAAUGCUGUAUGCCUUAAUCUGCAGAAAUCAUAGGGUUUUUUUUUUAGGUGUAUGCUGUAUGCUAAAUCUUCGGUCUCUAUUUCCUUCCUAAAGAACAUUUAGGUUUUUUCAUUUUUUGGUGAUCUGUAUAUGCAAGACCUUGGAGUGGGUAGAUACGUUGUACCACCUACAAGUAUAUGAUAAAUCAGAGUUCACUAUUUGAAGAAUGAGGCUUUCACUCCUCAUUAUUCAAUUAGACACCUUAACAUUCCCUUUAAAUGUAGACUAAGACAUUCAUUCUCUUCGCCGGUCAUGGGAUAUUUUUAACAUAUCUGUUCUCUCUUUUAGAAGUGCAAUUUGCACUACUACCACAUUUA